AUGUUUCAGAACAAUGGUCUCCUUUCCUCUCUCCCGUCGCUCUCCUCUCUCCCGCCGCCCUUCCACUCUCCCGUCGCCUUCCUCUGUCCCGUCCUUUCCUCUCUCUCGUUGCCUUUCCUCUCUCCCGUCGCCUUCCUCUCUCUUGUCGCCUUUCCUCUCUCUCGUCGCCUUCCCUCUCUCGUUGCCCUUCCUCUCUCCCAUUUCCAGUCCUCACCCCCCUCGCCCUUCUUCUUCCGCCUCCCGCCGCCCUCGCGUUCCAUCACAAUCGACUUCUUAACGCACUCCACCCUUCGUGUCCGCCUCCCAUUGCUCGUACUGUCGCUCGUCCCGUCAGCCCGUCCAAUCGCACGUACCAUCGCAUGUCCCGUCGAUCCCUCUUCAGGUCCUUGUUCCUGUUCCCUCGCUCUCUCCCCCCCCCUUCCCGUCGCCCUCGCUCUCUCCCCUCCCUUUCCGUCGCCCUCGCUCUCUCCCCUCCCUUCCCGUCGCCCCCUUUCUCUCCCCUCCCUUUCCGUUGCCCUCGCUCUCUCCCCUCCCUUUCCCUCGCCCUCCCUCUCUCACCUCCCUUUCCGUCGCCCUCGCUCUCUCACCUCCCUUUCCGCCGCCCUCGCUCUCUCACCUCCCUUUCCGUUGCCCUCGCCCUCUCACCUCCCUUUCCGUUGCCCUCGCUCUCUCACCUCCCUUUCCGCCGCCCUUGCUCUCUCACCUCCCUUUCCGUCGCCCUCGCUCUCUCCCCUCCCUUUCCAUCGCCCUCGCUCUCUCACCUCCCUUUCUGUCGCCCUCGCUCUCUCCCCUCCCUUCCCGUGGCCCUCUUUCUCUCCCCUCUCUUCCCGUCGCCCUCUUUCUCUCCCCUCCCUUUCCGUCGCCCUCGCUCUCUCCCCUCCCUUUUCGUCGCCCUCGCUCUCUCCCCUCCCUUCCUGUGGCCCUCUUUCUCUCCCCUCUCUUCCCGGCGCCCUCUUUCUCUCCCCUCCCUUUCCGUCGCCCUCGCUCUCUCCCCUCCCUUUCCGUCACCCUCGCUCUCUCACCUCCCUUUCCGUUGCCCUCGCUCUCUCCCCUCCCUUCCCGUCGCCCUCGCUCUCUCACCUCCCUUUCCGUCGCCCUCGCUCUCUCCCCUCCCUUUCCGUCGCCCUCGCUCUCUCACCUCCCUUUCCAUCGCCCUCGCUCUCUCCCCUCCCUUCCCGUCGCCCUCUUUCUCUCCCCUCCCUUUCCGUCGCCCUCGCUCUCUCCCCUCCCUUUCCGUCGCCCUCACGCUCUCCUCUCAUUCCACCAACACCAAUGACCCUCCUAUCUCCCUACCAUUCUGCGGAUUUUGCUCACGCAUCUCUCCUUUCGCGUCCUCGUUUCUGUUGCACUAUCUUUCUCUUUGCUCGUCCCCUGAUAUUAUCUGUUUUCCGCUUCUUGUUUUUCUCAUGUUGUCAUUGCCGCCCUAGCAGGGACAUGCUCUAA